AAGAGGCAUCAGCUGUUUAAACCGGCAGUCAAAAUCAGAGAAGCGUGCAGCAACAAGCUUGCACUUGCUAGAAGCUAAGUGGAAGCUCUGGCUUCGUAUUCGUUCAUUGUGAUAUAGAUUAAGUGUUAGAAUUUUUAAAUUUUAUUCAAAAAAAUGGAAGUUCUUCCGGUUCAGAACGGCGUCGCCCAUUCGGAAUACCAAAAUCCAAACAGUAAGUACCAAAACCGCCGUUUGCGGUGCCAACGUCCUCCAACGCCGCAAAGAGCACUGGAAGCUCUGGCAGCAAACCCCAAAACAAUUUCUACAAUCAAACAACCUCUUCCAGAAUGGUAUUACGACCCAAGGCCGCAUCUGAUCGAACCAUCGAACUCAGCCGCUCACUUCCUAGCCAAGAUGCUCGAACAAGAGAUCCGUUCGGCGAAGAAAACGCACCUUUCCGCAGGCGAAGUCCUGCUGCCAACCGGGCUGCUUCACAGAGUGUCCGAAGAUGUGCUGGAAGUGGCGGAGUCCGAGUGCUACGGAGUGAGAGGAAUGACGCUUCAUCUUCUCUAUGAGGGUGAGGAGGAUUGCCGAAGGAUGAGCUGCCUCAAGUUAGACCCUUCGACUCCGUCGACUUUCGAAGUUUACUUGACUUUCAAGCAGGCCAACGCCGGCUGGGGCUUCCUACCUCAAUUCAUCAAAAAAAUAACCAGGGGUAGUACCGUUAUACUCAGCACCGACUACGAGAUCACGAAGAAGAAGUUGUAUCGUCCAGUGUUGCGUGAGUGAGUAAAAGCCGAAACGAUCCCAUGAUUUCACCAGAGACUGAAACAAUUUUUCACAUAACCCUACGUACUGUUUUUUUCUAUUUUUAUAGUGGUAUAAAAGAUAUGGAAGAAAUCGUCUAAAAAGCGCAGCGUGAUCUAGAUUUAGUUUUUUUAUUUUGCUAAUGUUGAUAUAAAAAGGCUGUUUUUUUUUAAUAACUAAGGUCUCAUCAUUAAAUCGCUUUUCGACACCCAGAGUACAAAGAGAAUUUCAUCAAAAAAUCAUCGAUAAACCAAAAAAAAAAACUAAUGAAAAACAGCCUUUAUUUUUUAACAGUAUUCGACUUUUUCAAAAGCUCCUUUUGAAAAAGAGUUCAUUUCGAACGAUGAACCUUAGGUUCAAAGGAUUCUAUCGAAUCCGUGAUUUUCUUUCGUGAUAUAAUUAUGUAUUAUAGUAAUGCAAAUGAUAUGAAUAUGUACCUGCGUACUUAAAAAAGAUAUCGUCUUUCAAGUAUUUAAUUUCCGUAAAUUCAUGAAAUUGAUCAAGCGAUGAUUUGCGCACUCUUUUAUUUCAGUCAUUUUAUCAUUAAAUUUUGACCAAUUUCAACAAAUUAUCCAGAAAAAUCAUCAAGUAAUUUAUAUUUAUGUGAUAUCGUAGAAAUUAGGAGAGUAUAAUGUAGGAACGACGAUUCAUAAUGUAUCAGUGAAUUGUGAAAAUCUGCAAAAAUCCGAAAAAAACUACAAAAAAAGCACACACGAUGUACAAACGCAAUUCGUGUGUGCGAAAACUGAUUAAUAAAAUGUGAGGCUCUAUAAUAUCUAUUUAGCAAGUAAGGUUACGUUUAUAAGUUUUAUAUUUGACUAGAUUAUAGACUCUAUUUGAUGGCUAUGUGUGAUAUAUUCAAUAAUUGUGCAGAUUGAUAACUGCGCCACUAUCUCAUGCUUUCAUAGACUGUAUGGACAGUAAUAAAACACUUUUUUUAA